AUGGAUACAAAUAAAUCUACAGUUUCAUUAUCUUCUAUAUUUGGUGGCUCAACUAAAUUUAAAGGUUUAUCCAAUAAUAAUAAUAAUGGUAAAAAUGACGUUGAUAAUCUGCUUUUAUCUACUGAAAGACACUCUUCCUCACAGUUAUCUUUGAAUUCAGAGUAUAAUCAUAGUUCGUUGUCUCUUGCUACAACUUUAAGUGCAUUGAAUAGUAGUUUAUACCCAAGUGAUAAUAAUAACAAUAAUAAUAGCACGGUGAUUAAAAGUAGUACUGACCCUCACUUAAAUAGUAUUUCUAAUACAGAUAUACAGAAUACAAAAUCAGAAUCAAAAUCAAAAUCUAUUUUAUCUGAUAUGGCAGAAGGAGAAGAUGAAGACAAGGACAAGGACAACGAAAAUGGGUUCACAAUACAUCCUGUCAAGGUUAUACAAUCUAAAUUAGAAAAACAAUAUAUUCCGUUAAAUAUUAAUGAGACAAUAGAUCAAUAUUCCAUGAACACAGUACCCACUUCCCCAUGUAAUCCUAUUCCGGAUAAUUAUGAUAAUAUUACUCUCUUAGAUAAAUAUAAUAUACUGGGUGAAACAAUAGGAGAAGGUGCCUCAAGUAAAGUUGUUCUUGUAUCACUUAAAAAUGAUUCAAAUAAACUCUAUGCAAUGAAAGUGUUUCACUCAAAUAGAGUCUUACCUGACUCGUAUGAUGCACACCUAAAAAAUAUUAUAUUAGAAUAUUCAAUUGGUUCAGUUUUGAAUCAGCAAAACCUUAUAAAAACAUUAGACUUAUUAAUUGAUAAUUCAAAAAGAACUUCGAUAAUGAUACUGGAAUAUGCACCGAUCGAUUUUUUCGAUUUAGUAGUGCAGAAAAAGAUGGAUAAGUAUGAAUCAGCUUGUUAUUUUAAACAAUUGUGUCAUGCUAUCCAAUAUUUACAUAAUUUAGGAAUAGCACAUCGCGAUUUGAAGUUAGAUAAUUGUGUGGUUAUCAAACAGGGUAUACUGAAACUAUUGGAUUUUGGUAGUGCGGUAAUAUUCAAUGACUAUUAUUCUAGUAAAGGUUCAGCCAUUUCCAAUGAUCAUAUUACUAAAUGUAUUGGUAUUGUUGGCAGCGAUCCAUACCUUUCACCUGAAUUAUUAGAACCAGGUUGUAGACAUUAUGAUCCAAGGCCAGUAGAUAUAUGGGCAUUGGCUAUAAUGUACUAUUCUAUGAUACUGAGUAAAUUUCCAUGGAAGGCACCUCGAGAAAGUUUUAAUUCAUUUAGAUUGUUUGUAGAAGAUCCAGAUGAUGAGGAAGAUGUCUCAAAGGGUCCAUUGCGUUUGCUAAGAGCAUUACCAUCAGAAUCGCACAAUGUGAUAGCGAGAAUGAUGGAUUUGAAUCCAAAUACAAGGAUAUCCAUUAACGAUGUGUUACUAGAUGGAUGGAUGAAAUCUAUCCCUGAAUGUCAUUUAGAUAAUGGAAAUAAUUUAAUUCAUAACACAGAAGAUCAUAUACAUCAUCUAGACCUUGAUCAUACAAGUCAAAUGCAAUGUAAUAAUAAAAGUAGUAGUAUUAAUAGUGAAAAUGCUACUACAGAUAAUGUAGCUAAUAAUAUUCCAUCAUUUCAAAAUAAAAAAGAACCAUCACAUAACUAUGCCAAUUAUAUAAGUGGGAGAAAGAUGUCUUUAUAA